AACUUUACACAUGACACACCAAGAACGGACCCGGAAAAAAUAGAGCAGAGCUUCCUUUGUUUUGUUUGCCGUGUAUAAAAAAAGGAGGAAGAUGGGUCAGGAGUCCUUCAAAUGGUUCCCGCUGUUGGUUGUUAGUUUAUUUCAUACAUCUGUGAGGUGUAGCUCUGUUGAGCAGAAGAUCUACGUUGAAUUAAACAGCACGGUACCAUGUGUCCGUCUCCUCAAUGCCACACAUCAAAUUGGUUGCCAGUCCUCUAUAUCAGGGGACACAGGUGUCCUGCAUGUGCUGGAGACAGAAGCAGACUUGGACUGGAUCCUCAGCACUGGGCCUCAUCCUCCCUACAUGGUGGUUAUGGAGGCAGCCUUCUUCACCAGGUCCACGAUGGUGAAGAUGAAGAACUCCAGCAGGGUCGCAGGAGUGGCUGUGAUUAAAUCCAACACAGGACCAACUGAGGGCUUCUCCCCACACACAUCCUGCCCCAACCAGAACACAGGUGUGUACACAGAGCACUAUGGUCCUGAACUGGCCAACUGUAACAAUACAGUGUGGAACCCUCUGGGGAACGGCCUGUCCUAUGAAGACUUCGCUUUCCCCAUCUUCUCUCUGAAAGAUGAUAAUCAGACUCAGGUCAUCCGUAAGUGUUAUGAGGACCAUAACAUGCGUAUGAAUGGCAGCGCACCUCAGUACCCGCUGUGUGCCAUGCAGCUUUUCUCUCAUAUGCAUGCUGUCACAGAUACAGUGACCUGCAUGAGACGCACUGACCUGCAGAACAGCUUCAGCAUCAACCCAGAGAAACUGUGUGAUCCACUCAGUGACUUUAAUGUGUGGACGUCCAUCCGACCCCUCAACAACAGCAUCAAGGGCCACAAGGAAAAUGAGAGUGUGGUCAUAGCAGCAGCCAGGCUUGACGGGCGAUCUUUUUUCUGGGACAUUGCUCCAUCAGCAGAGGGAACCGUCUCCAGCAUUGUGACACUGCUGGCUGCUGCACAGGCUCUGUACCCUGUCGCUCUAGAGGCUCCGCCCCAACGCAACAUCUUCUUCACCUUCUUCCAAGGGGAAGCCUUUGAUUACAUAGGUAGUUCCCGUAUGGUAUACGAUAUGGAGAAUAGUAAGUUUGUGAUCGAUUUGGAUAACGUGCACUCAUUGCUGGAGAUUGGACAGAUUGGGCUGCGAAAUGGACAGAGCUUGUGGAUGCAUUCAGACCCUGUGUCACGUAAGAACACCACAGUAAAUAAGCAGGUUGCAAAUCUGGUGGCCAACAUUAAGUCUGUAGCAUCCUCACUCAACCUGUCAUUAAAUGAGCCCAGUGCUACUCAGGCCUUGCCUCCCUCCUCCUUCCAGCGCUUCUUGCGAGUUCGCCCAGUCCCAGGCCUGGUGCUUGCAGACCAUCAGGCAUCCUUCACCAACAGGUAUUAUGAGAGUCUGUAUGACACUGCCACAUACCUAAAUGUGACCUACCCUUCUGACCUGAGCCCCGAACAACAGCUAGAGUAUGAGACCGAGGCUGCCAAGUCUCUUACUCAAGUGGCUACUCUAGUUGCCCGUUCCAUCUAUAAGCAGGCUGGAGGAGAAGACAGAUUUCUUAAUAACAUCACUGCAGACACAAAGACAGUGGCCAAGUUGCUGUACGGGUUUCUGAUCAUGUCCAAUAACAGCUGGUUCAGUUCCCUGUUGCCCCCUGAGGCACUUGGACGUGGUUCAAUUCUAGAAUCGAGCCCUCCUCAGUACUACAUUGGCCUGCGGCUGGAUAACACGGUGAAGAGCGUGACCCGCUUCGUGCAGUUCAUUCUGGCCAACAUGACGGGCACAGUCACCAAGCUUAACCAGAGUCAGUGCCAGAACCCUAAGGAUGUGCCAGGCGAGAGCAAAGAUCUGUAUUCGUACUCCUGGGUGUCUGGGCCUGUCUCAGUUAACGGCACAACAGAUCCUUAUUGUGUUCGUUCAUCUGUGCAUCUGUCAAAAGCGCUGUCCCCUGCUUUUGAGCUUACUGACUAUGGCUCCAGGGAGUACUCCACAUGGACAGAGUCGCGCUGGAAGACCAUCCGAGCACGGAUCUUUCUAGUUGCUAGUCCACAACUAGAGAUGAUGACACUGGGAGUGGGCGUGGCUGUUCUGCUUGUGUCUCUAGUGGUGACAUAUUUCAUCAGCUCAAAGGCGGAGCUUCUAUUUAGUGCCACUCGUGAGCCCCCAAACACCACCUACUGAAUAGUCAGGCUUCAACCCACAGACGAACCAGAUGCACAUACAAACACACACUUACUGACUUUGCAGCGUGUAGUUGAAUUCAAUACCACUAUUCAGAUUCUAGCAUUACAAACUCACAUUACUGACAUUUGCACGGCAAUAUGUCAGAAAAGGACCAUCAAGCAGGACUGUUUACGUAUUUGCAGACACGCACCCCUCAAAUACAUUUAAGGGGAAUUGCAUCGAUAUUUCAAAAAUUCUGCGUAAUUAGAUGGUUAAGAUGUAAACACAGUCAGAGUGGUUUGAUGUUAAAUGCUCCAUUCUAGAGAACUAGAGAACCAGACAUCCAAAGAGUUCAAUGCCAACAGCUACCCCAAAUUAUGAAAAUGAAAUGGCUGCAAAUCUGCUGCCUGAUGCUGUUUUAUGAGUUUUCAAAUAAAGUUUUGGCCUAAAAUGUUUUUUAAAAUUCAUUCAUGGUGGAGAGGUACGUACAAUGAUUUAUAAGACAAAAUCGUAAAAGAAGACUUGACACUAUUUUAUCAUCAACAUUACAUAUAAAGGCAUGUGUAGUUUCAGUGGUGGCUUUGGAAAGCAAAUAAAAUGACUGUUGUUACACUGUAGAUAUUAACCAUUUCACAUCAAACCACUCUAAAUGAUUUUGUUUACAAUUUACCAACUUAACUGUGCAGAAAUAUUGGAAAAACUGAAUUCCCUUUAACCCUAUUUAAAAAAAAUGCCUCAUAGACAUAAAGACUCUAACUGGACUUGGCCAAACUGGUCUGAACUGGACACAAUAAGGCCAGAGUUAAAAGCUGUGGAUCUGGUGCAAAAUGAUGUUCAUAUUCAUUCUUUUUUUUUUUUUUUUUUUUUUAUUGCUGAAUUUUUAUUUGUGCUUACUGUAUGGUGGGUUUGGCACUAAUCUGAAAGAUAGAUUUUUUUAAUGUUUAAAAACUGGGCUGUGAGUAUUUGUGGGUAUGAGCAUGAGUGUGAAUGUGAGACUGACUGAGUGACUGGCUUUGGCAGGUUUGUGAGAAUUAAUUCAAUUGUGUUUGUGUAUACUUCUGAAAUCAUGUGUGAUACAUGUAUGUAUGUGUACACAUUAUGUGCAAUAGUUGUAGCGGAGUUCCUGAUUUAUUUUUUUGUUCCUCUGUGUAAAUUCUUCAGAGAAUGUAAUCUGACCUGAACAGGGGCUUUUUCAUCUGAAUGACCACUACUAAACUCUACAGUCCCAAGUGGACAGAAGCUUUGUGCUUUUUGUCUUCUGUAACUGUAAAUGACUCUGCGAUUACCAUGUUUCCAGAUUAGACACACACAGAGCUUUAAAGAACCAAAUCAACAGUGAUAGCAGUGUUUUUGUCUGUUAUGUUUGUUUGUUUUUUCCUCUCCAAGAUGAUGAGUGAGAUCUUUUGAUUUAUGAUGUCAUUAUUUUUUUCUCUGAGGAGCAGGAAGGUUAAGAAUUGAUGCCUUGAUUAAUGAAUAAACAUGGCUUAUUUUACAAAGUA